UAUGGAUUAGGGUCUCGUUAAAUCAGUGUGAUUAUCAAAAGUGUUAGGGAUUAGGGUCUCGUUAGAUCAGUGUGAUUAUCAAAUGUGUUAGGGAUUAGAGUCACGUUAGAUCAGUGUGAUUAUCAAAUGUGUUAGGGAUUACAGUCACGUUAGAUCAGUGUGAUUAUCAAAUGUGUUAGGGAUUAGAGUCACGUUAGAUCAGUGUGAUUAUCAAAUGUGUUAGGGAUUAGAGUCACGUUAGAUCAGUGUGAUUAUCAAACAAAGAACACGAAACAUGGAAUUGUGGAUGUGCAGAAAAUUACAAAAGUUGGAAAUGAGUAAACGACAAACAAAUACAAACAGUUCGCAAACUGAAGGGCCACAAAAGAAAAAGGAAAAACUACAAUGUGAAAUAUGUAGCAAAACUUUCACAAAACAAAAAAACUUGAAAAGACAUAAGAAAAAUGAUCACGACACUAAACCCAAGGACGAAAAGGCGACUUGUUACAUCUGUAAUCAAACCUUCUCAAGAAAGGAUUCGCUCAAAAGACAUGUACAAAAAAAACACCUCAAUACACAGCAGACGGCCUUAGAAGGUUCCGUCGUGGUGAACAAGUAUGAACUCAAGGAGGAAAACAAAAUGGAUGCUGCUCUGGCUUUAGAAUAUUUCAAAGACAAAUUAGUGGAAGAUAUUCAAAGUUUUAUAAAAAAUCAAGGCUCACUAAAGGCUUACGUCGCUUUGCAAAUUAAAUUCACCAAAGAUGUAAAGGACGGUGUUGUAGAGUCUCAACCAUUUUUCAGAAGUGCCAAUUUCAUAGUGUUAAAAAAAGGGGACGAAAUAAAAAAGUCCGGCCUUGUGGUAUUAGAAAAUGAAGUGAGCAUUUUAAAACAAAAGCUGGGCAAUGCUUUUCUGAAAAUUUUAGACUCCAUCGCCAAAUAUCAACGUGAAGGAAGCAACUGGACCCUGAAAGAAGUGUCAGAAGUACAAAUUCAUAUUGUUCAUUAUAAGCCACUGCUUGGAUCUUCUUACAUCGAAACACCUGCGCAGCUUCGAAAAGGGGCAAUAAUUAAUGUUCAGAAUAAUGACAAUGAAUGUUUUAAAUGGAGCAUAUUGGCUGCUUUACAUAAUCGUGAAAAAGAUGGUCAAAGAGUUUCUUAUUAUAGAAAUUCGCAUUUUCCUCUAAAUUUUGAAGGCUUAACUUUCCCUAUAAAGAUUGAAGAUGUUCAAACAUUUGAAAAUCAAAAUGACUACUCUAUAAAUGUACUUGGCUAUGACAAGAACUUUAAUUUUAAACCUCUGCACAUUACAGAGAAAAGACAAGCACAAAAACACAUCAAUCUUCUUCUAAUUACUGAGGGAGACAAGGGACAUUACUGCUGGAUAAAAAAAUGGUCCAGACUUAUGGGAAACCAGAAGAAGGAUAGAAACAGUCAUAAUUAUUGUCACUUUUGUUUUUAUCACUCCAAAGAUGAGGGUAGAGUUGAGGAGCACAUUCAGACGUGUCGAGCUUACAAUGGCCAAAUAUUUAAGUUGCCCGAAAAGGAUAAAAAUUUACUUUCCUAUAGAACUAAAGGAAUGGAUAAGCGUCUUCAAGUCCCCGUUGUCAUUUAUGCAGAUUUUGAAUGUAUUCUAUCUCCAGUAGAGAAUGAUCUGAAAAAGAAGCAAAGUCAAACACUUAAUGUUCACAAACCUUGUGGCUAUGCUUACAAAGUUGUGGGAAUAACAGAAAAGCUAACAAAACGCUUUAAAUGUUACACAGGGGCUGAUGCUGCAGAAAAGUUUAUUUACGCUAUGAAAAAGGAAGAAAAAUGGUUUCGUAAGAUUUCCAGUAGCCCUAAAGAAAUGAUUUGGACUAGUGAAGAUGAAAUCCAGUUUGAAAAAGCUACUGUAUGUUUUCUUUGCAAAAAAUCUUUUCAGAAGACCGAGUGUAAAAAAAAAGUCAGGGAUCAUUGCCAUUAUACUGGGGCAUUCAGGGGGGCCGCUCACAGUGAAUGCAACAUUAAUUAUAGAAAAAGAAAUUUUCUCCCAGUUGUGUUUCACAAUUUACGUCGAUAUGACAGUCACAUAAUUAUGCAAGCUUUACAUGUUUGGAAAAAUGUGAGGAUUGAAUGCAUACCACUCAGCAUUGAACAAUUUAUGUCUUUCAGGCUCAACUCUUUGCGAUUUAUUGACUCAAAUCUCUUCUUAAGCGCUUCGUUAGAAAAACUUGUUCAAAAUCUUGUUGAUGCUCAGGUUGAUAGUACAGAAAUAUUUAAGCAUACUUUAGAGAUGACAGGGAAAGAUGCAGAUCUUCUGAAGUUGUUACAAAGAAAACAAGUGUAUCCAUAUGAAUACUUUACUCAAUUGGAAGUUUUCAAGGAAAAACGUUUACCUCCUAAAACAGGUUUUUAUAAUAGCCUUAAAAAUGAGCCUAUCAAUGAAAAGGAUUAUGCGCAUGCUCAGGAAGUAUGGAAAGCAUUCAAUUUAAAAACACUCGAAGAUUAUCAUAAUUUGUAUGUUAAAACAGACGUAGCACUUCUGGCUGAUGUAUUUGAACAUUUUCGCAAAACUUCAUUACAGCAGUAUAGUCUGGAUCCUGCACAUUUUUAUUCUACUCCAGGACUUGCAUGGCAGGCAGCACUCAUGAAAUCAGAUGUAGAACUGGAACUUCUAACAGACGCAGAUAUGUUUGAAAUGAUAGAAAGUGGUAAAAGAGGAGGUGUGGCAAUGAUAUCCAAGCGAUACUCUGAAGCAAACAACUCAACAAUGUCUGAAGCAAGUAAUCCAACAAUGUCUGAAGAGACACAUUCUGAAGCAAACAAUUCAACAAUGUCUGAAGAGACACAUUCUGAAGCAAACAAUUCAACAAUGUCUGAAGAGACACAUUCUGAAGCAAACAAUUCAACAAUGUCUGAAGAGACACAUUCUGAAGCAAACAAUUCAACAAUGUCUGAAAUCACGAACAAAUUUGACAAGACAAAGAGAAAGUGGAUAAUUUAUUUAGAUGCUAACAAUUUGUAUGGCUGGGCCAUGUCUCAACCACUGCCACUAAAAGAUUUUAAAUGGCUUACAGAAGAAGACAUUUCCAGCCUCGAUAUCAAUAACAUUAGCGACGAUGCAGAAACAGGUUACAUUCUUGAAGUAGAUUUAGAGUACCCUGAGGAGCUUCAUGACCAACACAAUGACUUUCCACUAGCACCUGAAAAAAUUAAUUUAACAAAGGAAAUGUUGUCGCCUUAUUGCAAAACACUUUUAGACAAAUUUCACAUAAAAGAACCCAGUGGAGAUAAACUGAUCCCUAAUUUAAUGAACAAAGAAAAAUAUGUUGUUCAUUAUCGAACUCUGAAACUGUAUCUCAAACUUGGAAUGAAAUUAACCAAAGUUCAUCGUGUUAUAUCAUUUCAUCAAACAGCUUGGCUCAAACCUUACAUUGAUUUUAACACAGAGAAAAGAAAGCAGUCAUCAGACGUCUCACAAAAAGAUUUUUUUAAACUAAUGAACAACAGUGUUUACGGCAAAACAUUGGAAAAUGUUCGAAAGUAUAAAAAUGUAAAGUUAGUAACUGAUAAUGAAAAGUUAAAAAAACUUACCUGCAAACCUCUGUAUGAAUGUUUUAGAAUCAUCAACAAAGAUCUUGUUGCUGUUGAGCUUAGACAACGAACAGUAAAACUGGAUAAACCCAUACAUGUAGGAGUUACUGUUCUUGACUUGGCCAAAGCUUUUAUCUAUAAAUUUCACUACUGUCACAUCAAACAGAAAUAUGGGGAAAAAGCCAAACUUUUAUUUACAGACACAGACUCGCUGUGUUAUGAAAUAGAGACCGAAGACAUUUACUCCGACAUGCAAAAAGAUAGUGAUCUGUACGACUUCUCCAACUACCCAAAGGAUCACCCUCUCUAUGAUGAGCACAACAAGAACGUCGUAGGUAAAAUGAAGGACGAGACUCAGAGUGUUCCAGUAGAAGCUUUUGUAGCUCUGCGACCCAAAAUGUACUGUCUAAAGUACGGGGAUUCUGAAAAGAAGGUAGCUCAGGGUGUAAGCAUAGAAAUUCAGCAACAGACAUUUCGAUUUGAUGAUUACAAGGGCUGUUUAUUCAACCAAGUACAGCAGCAAGCCGUAACCACAAGCAUUCAAAGCAAACAGCACAAACUCAGCACCGUCAGCAAGGUCAGGGUCACGCUCUCACCAUACGACGACAAAAGAUUUAUCUUACCAGGUGGCAUUGAAAGUCGAGCUUACGGUCAUAAGUUAAAUGAAAAUUCACCCGAAACAGUCAGUGCUUAGCAUUAUCAAAUCAAAUGCAUUCUUAGUGGCUACUCAAAGAAAUAUGAAAUGUGGUCAUUGUUUUUCUUAUUUUGCUUCUGCUGUGAAAGGGAAUGCAUGCUUUUGAUAGAGAUUUGGUUAAAUUUCAUAUAGUCUACACUUCCAAUGAUACAAUCAUAUUCAUAUAAGACAAAAAAAAACAACAUGCAGCCAGAUAAUUAGUCAGUGAUAUAUUUUAAAUAUUGAUUUAGAACAAUCUUUUUUUUUAUCAAAUCUUCAAUUUUCCAGAAUUGUUCAUUUUCAUAUGCAUAAUAGUUAUAAAUUUAAUAAUCAUAUUCUAAAUGAAACAGUAGCCUAUGUGUAAAAAAUGUUUUUGCUUAGGCUAAAUCAUAAUACAUUGUUAGCCAGCUUUAGUUUGGUUACUUUUGACAUUAUAAGUUUUCAUAAUUGUGUAUAUUAGCUUCUAAAUGUAUAUUUAAUGAGUCGGCCAUAAGUUUAGGAUGUUAGUAUCUGAAUUUACAUUUAGCAAAUAUGUUAUUAAUUGUGUAUGUUAGCGUCUGAUUAUAUUUACAUGCCCAGCCAUUAUAUCUAAUUGUGUAAGUUGACAUCUGAAUGUAUAUGAACUCUAUAAUUGACUAAUUGAUUAUCUUAGUAUGUGGCUCUAGCAUGUCUCUUUGUCUUGGUAUAUGUUUGGGUUAUACUCCUCUCAAGAACUCAUCGCUAUGUGUUUCUACAGCAAUGCUAUCAAAUAAAGCUAUUGGUGAUUUCACCCACACAA